AUGAGCUCAAUGGAGGAGGAGUGUCUUAUAGAGAAACGCAGGAGUACCAUACUGAAGGAGUGCUCGGAUUUGCUCAAACUUGAGGGAUCGUCUAGGUACGGACGGGAGGCUUUCAGGAAGCUCUUUCAAGAUGAGGCACUGUUGGAAAAAUUAUUCACACUAUUCGAUCAAGACAGCGAUGGCAUUCUCAGGCAAGACGAUUGGAUUGAAUUCCUUAAAGCCAGGCUCACGAAUGACAAACAGACGGACUUCAUUGAUCAGAUCGAGAGCGUAGCGUAUGUACUAUGUGGAGAGGAGCCAGUCAAUGUGAAUGCCUUCAAGGGAAUAUUUCUGGCAAAAGGAGUCAUUGAUAAAUUAUUCAGACUGCUGGAGCACGAGAAUUUCGGCUCCAUUUUGCCCAGCCAAAUAAUGGAGUUCAUCGCUGGCGUAAGUAAUCCAAGAUCACAAGUUGGAUUCGAUAAAGGCAAUCUGGAAUGGCUGGAGAAGAUCUUCAAGCAGACAGUUGGAAACGAGCAGGAAAUACGUCGCGAGGAGUUCAAGAAAAUCGUUAUAUCGAAAAACCCUUUCUUCACGGAACGGGUAUUUCAAAUAUUCGACAAGGACGAUUCUGGUACGAUAUCACUCCAGGAGUUUCUAGAUGCGAUGCAUCAAUUUGCUGGUAAAACUCCGGACGACAAAAUACGAUUUCUCUUCAAGGUCUACGAUAUAGACGGUGACGGGUUGAUUCAGCAUCGUGAACUCGAGCACGUGAUGAGGGCCUGCAUGGAGGAGAAUGGUAUGAGAUUCAGUGACGAACAGAUUGAGGACUUAACGCUUGCCCUCUUCGAGGAUGCGGAUCAGGGUAACAAGGGUGCUAUCACGUUCCAAGCAUUGAAGAAGCAGUUGGAGAAACACGAGGGUCUCCUCGAGAAUCUAUCAAUCAGUAUAGAUCGUUGGAUGGUACCACCGAAGCCGCCACAAUCCGACCGCACAGUAUUGGGUUUCCUACGCUCCCUGAGGCCAUAUCAAUUCACAAAACCAUAUUUAAAAAAUAAUUACGUUUUCAUGUGCUUUCUGUCAGUUUUUUUUCUCAUAAAUUUCGCGCUCUUCGCAUCAAGGAUGUAUCAGUACCGUCACGCUGGGGGUUUAGUCAUGAUCGCCAGAGCAUGUGGUCAGUGUUUAAAUUUUGACUGCACCGUUAUUCUCGUCCUUAUGCUUCGUCAGUGCAUAACGUUUUUACGAACUCAUGGAUUCAGUUCCAUUUUACCACUUGAUCACAAUAUUUAUCUCCACAAAAUGGUCGGAGUGACGAUUGGAGUCUUGAGUAUUGUUCACACCAUCGCUCAUCUACUGAAUUUUGGAAUGUUUGUGAUCAACGAUGAAGUAUUAAAUAGUUCCCACUACUCGAUGUCAGAGUGGCUAUUGACGAGUCGUCCAGGUCUCUUUGGUUUAGUAGGUGGUGGAGCUAAUCCCACUGGCCUUGCCUUGAUCAUGAUUCUGUUUGUAAUGUCACUUUGCUCAAUGCCUUUCGUCAGACGCGGUGGAUCCUUUGAGAUAUUCUAUUGGUCACAUCUGAUGUACAUACCAUUCUGGAUUCUCCUGAUAUUCCACGGUCCAAACUUUUGGAAAUGGUUUGUUCUACCCGGUACAAUAUAUAUCGCAGAACGUAUGCGCCGUUUGAUGUGGUUACGCUCGCAGCGGGGUAAAACGUACAUCAGUUCGGGUUUACUACUCCCUUCAAGAGUAACUCACCUGGUAAUCAAACGACCUCAGAAUUUAGAUUUUCAUCCAGGCGACUAUGUCUUUGUGAAUAUACCUGUCAUAGCCAAAUACGAGUGGCAUCCGUUCACCAUCAGCAGUGCCCCCGAACAGGAAGAAUACAUGUGGCUGCACAUAAGAGCUGUUGGAGAAUGGACCAACAGUCUGUAUUCAUAUUUUGAGAGAAAACAGCUGAAGCUUGAGCGUGGUGAAGUGAUUCCCAUUGAGAGUUGCGCCACGGAAAUACUGAGAAAACCCGAAAUUACUAAAGCUAAACCAACACCAACAUCAACAGUGAUCAUGGUGAGGGAGACGUCGAAGGAUUCCCUUGAGGAUCCACGUGGCCUCGAUAACCCUCGUUUCAUUCCGGACAGUGGAAAGACUUCUUCAACUCCCAGCAUCAACUCACCCACGUCCCAUCUGUCCGCUCUCGAACGAGUAACUUGUCAAGAUGCCCGAGCAUUUACACGAGAUAGAAAGCUGAGGCAGCUACUUCUUGGCAGUAAGAUGCCUCUGGAGAAGUCAUUCUCAAUGCCUGACAUGCAGACCAAGCACAAGAAGAGAGAGCGAGUGAGGGCUCUUCGCGACUACAUGAGAUCCGAGUCAGAAAAGAGCUUUGAUGAGGCGCAGAUAAGACGAGCUAGAUUGAAAUCCCUCGGCUGUGCCUACCUCAGCCCCCAAAACAAAUCACUCGCUCAGAGUUUUCGAUACAUGAGAACAAAGCCAACGAUUAUAGCAUUUAAAACCCCGAGCAUGGAGGAUCACGUGUAUGUCACAACGACGAGUUCAGUUUCACCGUUGACGGUGCAACAACGAGUGUCACAAAGUGAAACACUGACGGCAGCAGUUGAAGAGGGUAGAAUCGAGGGAGCGAUCGCAACGAUUGGACAGAAGAAGAGUAACACAUUGGACACUGAGAGUCAAUUUUCAUCUCAUCCUUCCAUGAGCUAUCCCGUUGGCAAACCACUUGAGAUAUUCUUGGAUGGUCCUUAUGGUGCGCCCUCGAGUCACAUCUUUCAGGCUCAACACGCUGUACUAAUCGCCACGGGAAUCGGAGUCACACCUUUUGCUUCUAUUCUACAGUCGAUAAUGCAUAGGUACUGGAAGGCAAGGCACACCUGCCCCAAGUGCCAAUUCUCAUGGGCAAGUGAGAUACCCACAACGGUCAUGAAGCUGAGAAAGGUUGAUUUCUUCUGGAUAAAUCGUGACCAACGUUCAUUCGAGUGGUUCGUAAAUCUUCUCUCACAACUGGAAAUAGAGCAAGCAGAAUUGGGCGCCACAAUGGAGAGAUUCUUAGAAAUGCACAUGUAUAUAACCAGUGCACUACAGAAGAAUGAUAUGAAAGCAGUUGGUCUGCAGCUUGCCAUGGAUCUUCUUCACGAGAGGGAGAAAAGGGACUUGAUAACUGGCUUGAAAACACGUACCAACGCUGGCCGACCCAAUUGGGACAAAGUUUUUAAACAAUUGGACGAUCGUAAAAAGGGAAAAGUCACGGUAUUCUAUUGUGGCCCACCACAAUUGGGCAGAAUUUUGCGUUAUAAGUGUGAUCAAUUUGGCUUCAACUUCAGGAAGGAAACAUUUUAGAUGAUACGAUUAUUGUCUCAUUAGUGCAGAUCAUCUGUUUUGUGUUCAUGUGGAAAAUUUAACGACUGAAAAACGAUUUAAUGUGACUGAUGUGAGAGAUCGCGGGUAGGUCAAUCAGUAUGGGGAGCAGAGAUUGUCCAUUGAUAAUCCGUCGAUUAAUAAUCGUUGGCCGUACAGCAGAUAGGCAUACGACACAUCACGCCGCUUGGAUUGGUGGCAAUGUGUGUGUGUGUGUGUGUGUGUGUGUGGGUGGGCUUGAAACCCAAUCGAUUGCGCAAAUGGUGCAAGAGCAAACAAGAAGAUAUUCCCAUGCGACCCAUCAUGUCUAUGGUGCGUCAAAGGACACCCUCAGGACAUUCAUGACCGGAUGUAUAUGCGGAUUUAUGUUAUGUUGAUGUAGAUGCAUAAAAGUGUUGCAGGGAGUGGUGAAGAAAAAAAAACACGUGAAAAAUCACCUUUGGUAGUUGAGAGAUUCGUUUGAAGACAACACAUGACAAAUGACGAAUGCACUGAGUUUAUUGUCAUGUUUUUGCUAACUCUCAAAGCCCAUGUGUCUUGUUUUUUUCACUUCAAGCGUUUGUUCGACGCUCGUUUUUUUUCCUGCAUUUAAUCACUUACAGGUGAAACACGUUGUAGUCACGUCCAACAAAUUUCAUUUGAGUGGUUUUAUGCAUUGGACACAUGCUUUAUUCCCCUCUUUUCAAUUCAGUGGGCAACUCACGGGUAUUCGAUCAACGUAUUCAACUGUAUCUCUUUGCCAUUUCGUUUUUACUUGAGAGAAAAAAAAAUACACUCUUUAUAAUGGGCGGGAUGGCAUUCAUUAUCUCCUUCACGAUUUUACGAGAUAAUUUAUGUUCAGUACUGUCGAAUUGCCCUGGGGAAAAUAAAUUUUACGGAGAUAUUGGAGUUCAGAUUCAAGGAGGGAGUUUGAGAAUAAAGAGAGAAAAAAAAAAUUUCGAACGUUCACCAUAAAGACAGAAAUGGGGUGCAAGCAAGGAUCCUGUCACGCGAUAGGACGAUUAAAGUUUCUAGAAAGAAAAAAGUUGUUUUUUUGUUUCUUGAGCAACGGAAUGGAAAAGAAUAUGGAAACCAGAAAAAAUCGUUGACGCGUGGUGAAAGCCCCUAUCUGUUUGGGGAUAAAAAAAUUUUUAUUGUAAUUCUUUUUAUAUUCAUUUGCGGUUUGAGAGAGGGAUAGGAGGCAGAAUGGUUUAAUGACAUUUCACGUCAAAAGCCAGGCGUACCUUCUUCAAUAUUUCUAGGUGCAUGAGGACUGGAGGUGAAAGUGAGGGCAAUAAGCGUGGAUGGCUGUCAUAUGACUGCAGUAUGACGCGAAGAUUGAACUAAUUGGCUACCUGUUAUGGGCAAUGAACGUGGUGGAAUUGUUUUAAAAGAAUGGAAGGGGAAAAUGAAACCGAUGAGCUGAUUUUCAAAGAUUGCAACAUCGUUUUUUCGACUGUUAUGAGUUUUCAACAUCACGGAUAAUUGGAAUAAGGAUUUUUAUAUUUUCCCUAUAUUCGAUUUUUAUUAUUGUAAAAAAUCAUUAGUGUAAAAAAAACACAUUGUUUAUUGUCUGUUAGCCGUAUAGAAGACUGAAAUCAUCCAGUGUACCCAAUUUUUGAGCUAAACAACUACUUUUUCCGUAAGAUGUUCCGAAAAAAUCUGCAAAAGCCCAAUUACGCAUCGUUUUUGCUUCCGAAUGGAAGCAUUGUAAUUGUUCAAAUUUAUGUUUCGGAUUUUUUAUGUUAUAUCAACCAAUUAUGAUCCAUGAACUCCGAAUAUGCUAUAUUUCGACCCUGUUCGUAUAUACAGUAGACUCCCGUUAUAGUCGCGCGCCUGGGGGUGUAGGGGUAGCCGAUUCGGCGAACACGACUAUAUUUUCUUAGCCCCACCGAGCGCCUGGUGGCAACCUAAGUUCUUGGAACUCCGGACGAUAAGAAAGGAGUAAACAGAAAGAAAAAGCAGUCCGAGUGUUUUUCAAUUUUUAUAAUUACGAACAUUUUAAUUGACAUUUUCGUUGAAUAAUUUCUCCGUUAUUUACUGAAUGUUUCUUUAAUGUAUUUUUUCGUCUAUAUAAUAUAAAUUUUUUCAUCAACUGGAGAAUAAUUUCUUCGUGUAAUAAAAACAUUUAACGAUUUAGUUAUUUUUCAUAAAAACUUUUUUCAAUAUUUUCAUUAACAAUUAGAAGAAAAAAGUCUA